AUGCGCCGGCAGAUCGUACACCACCGGCCCCUCGUCCGGAAUGUGCGCAUCCUCAACCAGCUCGAGGGUGCAGAUCCUGCGCCGCUGGUCGAAUUGGAAGCCGUCGCACAACGUCUUGUAAUGGUUCGACAGACAGUGCUCCGCGCAGUCGUCCGAAAUGACAAUGUCCUUCGAGACGACAGUCGCAUUGGAGGCCAGAGAAUAGGUCACGCGUCGGAAGAAGCGCAGGUUAUUCUGCAUCAAUUCGCUCGCCAUGUCGUACCAGUCGUGAUUGCUGUCCAGUAUUUGGCAGUUUGUCACUUCCACGUGCAUACUUGUGUUCUAUUUGUAAAAUUUGUUCUUAUUAACACUCACUACUCACUCUAA